UGGGAACGUUACUUUUUGGGUAGAUGGACUCAAGCAGACUCUGUUGUGAGUCUUGCGUCUGUUGAUGAAUUAAAAAAUAUUGUAGGCUCUAACAACUAAGCUGAUCGUCUGUAUACUAUGAUAGCUCCUAUAAGGUUGUGCAAGGCGCAUUUGCGACUCCAGGCAACUGCAUUGGUCGCAUAUAAACCAACGUUCGUAUCGCCUUGCCUUGUAACACUCCAACUGCCUUUGCAAACUACAAACCUCUUUGCGUUCCAACAAAAUGAGCACCUCAACCCCUUCCUUUGACUAUGAUCCUUCUCUGCAGGAAUAUGCGGUACACGAGAAAGAGUUCCUGCGCCAGCAUCCCAGAUACUCUGUUCUAUGCACAGGCAUAGUUGUCUUCCACGAGAAUGGCAAGUUGCUCCUUGUCCAGCGAGCUGCGGAUGAGAAAGCAUUCCCCAACGCCUGGGAGGUGCCAGGAGGGAAAGUCGACGACACAGACGAAUCGAUCCUGCAUGCUGCUGUCCGAGAACUGAAGGAAGAAACCGGCCUGAAAGCGACACGUAUACUGAGAAAAGUAGGAGAGUCUGAGUUUUCGGACAGAGGGAGACAUGGUCCCGAGCAGUGGUGGCUGAAGACGAUUUUUGAGAUGGAGGUCCAGAGUAUGGAUGCCCUUGUCUUGGAUCCGAUUGAGCAUCAGGCUCACCUGUUUGCGUCUGAAGAGGAUGUUGUCAACAAUUGCGUGGGCGAUCUCAAGAUGGUGUAUAUGCCGCAGCCAAGUAAAGAGAUCAAGCUGGAGGCGUUCAGAUUGCGGCAGGAAGCGUUGCCAAAGUGAGUAUACCUUUGUGCAACGCUUCAGUCCUCAUCUCUUGGUUAGUCGGGAUAGCUGGAAGUAUGCUGCUGUUCUCCGUAGCUCAAAAGGUGCAGCAAACACUGAGAUUAUAUGCUACAAACAUACUCACCAGUAGUAGAGAGGCACAUAAGUUCUAUACUAAUGCUAAUCUUGAAUGUAGUUGACAAGG